AUGCCCGUGAGAGCCUUUCGAGAGCCCGAACCAAACGGUCGGGACCGCGACACUUGGUCAUCGCUGGACCCGGCAUUCUGGCACACUAACGGCUGUCGUGAAGCUGGAGGGUCUUCCAAUUUUCUCACACCUUCCAACCCUUCCCGUGAAGAUUUGAGGGCGGCCGACGAGCAUUCUCUCGCUCAUCCACCUACGUGGGCUGGCCGGAUUCGUUGCGGCAUGCAUCACGGCAUGCAACAUGGCUCGGAUGCCAUCGAGCCCGAUUUCUCGGAUGCUGAUUCAGGUUUCCCGGGGUCUUACACCAACAGUAUCACAUCAAGUGCCCUAAACUAUCAAACGGUCGCAGAUAUCAUUCCUACCAUGAAGGCGAAUACGUCCUGCCUAACGAUGAACAAGAACAAGAUCGUCUUGAUCUGGUUAGUGCUUACCACACCUCAUCGAUCUGAUCUUAUCAGGAUUGACCGGAGUCCCGAGGACAGAGCCAUCACAUUUAUUUAA